GCUCCCAGCAACUGUUGAAGACUACAGUGGUGUCUUGGGGGCGACGCACCCCACUAUGGUACCACUAGUCGGUCCAAACUCUGGUGUACCACAUGGGGGUGUCCUCGGCUUCACCCUGUGUCCUGGUUUGUGGUCAACAGGACACACUCUCUCUCUCUCUCCCUCACACACACACACACACAGAGCAUUUCUUUAUUUGUGUGAAACUCUCAUGCACACGCGCGAGUGCGCGCAGAGAGGGAGAGAGAGCGAGAGAGAGUGGAGGCGGAAACCUCUAUCUGCCCUGCUCGGUGACCGACCCGUCAUCCUCGGUGUCGCUGAACAAACGAAUUCAACCUUGAUUUUUUUUGUCUACUUUUUCACCGUGAAUGAAGAGACAGCUACGGGGAGGAAGAUAUUCUGAGGUCGGGAAGGAAUAAAAAGAUAAUUCACCCUGGAAAAAAUGUUCAUGCUGAAUGUCGGAACUGCCCCGGUCUGCUGCACCACCUCCACCACCACCACCUGCCCUCCCGGUGCCGACCUUGAAGUGAUCAGAACUAUUGUCAGCUGGAUGUGAUCAAUCACUGAUGAUUAUUGAUCAUCAUUAAAGAUGCUCUCGUGGCUGUGGAGAAGGUCAGGGCAGGAGAGGAGUGCGACAGGGUAGGUUACCAUGGCGAUAACACUGAGGGCGGUGCUACAGUGGGAUGAUUUAUCCCCUCGUUGUUGAAGCCUUUUCAUUUCUUAAUAAUUCAUUCAUUCAUGAUUCACUUUGUUCACACUUCUUUCCUCCUUUUUCCUCUUCUUCCUCCCUUCAUCCUCUCAUCACCCUCUCUCUCUUAACAUUCUCUUCUGUCCUCUCUCGCCCUUCAUCCUCCAUGCUCCUCUUCCUCCUCCUCCCCUCCCUCUUUUUUUCUCUCUUUCAGGUCAAUGAGAGCGAGCAGCAGCAGCUCAGUCUAAAGAGCAAGUCCUCCCUCGGUCUCCUUUCCUCCUUUCUCCUCUCUCCUCUCCUUUUCCUCUCCUCCACACGAUGGAGAACACACUGCUCUUAUUUUAGCAUCACUGCCUUCCUCCUCCUCUUCCUCCUCUUCCUCCUCUUCUUUUUCUUCCUCUUCUCUCCUGAGUUUUGACUCCCUCUCUUUUACAAACACACACACAGAUAAAAAAAAAUGAAGCGUGGGUCGAGUGUGUUGCAGCCUCCUUUUGAUGCAGCCAAACGACACACACACCCGACACACACACACCCCAGUGUUGGUGUUGGUGGAGGUGUUGGUGGUGAUGCUCUCUCGCCAACUGUGUCCAGCAGCGAAGUCACGCCGACCAACUUGCACACUGCAGGUUCAAGCCCUUUCCCAGCAGCCACCUCUCUAUUCAGUCCUGAUGUCAGCAGCAAGAUGGCGUCCGACCUCCUCAUCAGGCUGUCAGAGGCCACCCAGAAGUCACAGGUGCAUCCUGGGGGACUUGUGGAGGCAGAAUCUCAGCCUCCUCAGGCUCUCAUAGGGGUAGAUGGUGGACAGCAGGAUGAGCCUGGCCUUGCUCUAUCACCAGACGGCCCUGGGGCAAGCCCUGACCCGCCUUCACUUACUCAAACCCCGGACGUCAACACACCCACAGACACACUGGCCUCAGAUCUGCUAAGGAAACUGGCAGAGCAACAGGAAGUGACCUGCCACGGCGUCAGGGUCAAAGAGGAGGAGGAGCCCAUGGAUGUGGAUGCAGCGGCAGCAUUAAUGGUCUCUGACCUUUGCCAUGAUCGACCAAUCACAACAGAGAUGACCUUGUGUGCUCAAAAAGUAGAAAACCACCAUAUGUUGACUGUGAAAACAGAAGAGCCAGGUCUGAGCAGAAACAAAAUGGCUGACGGCUGCCCUCAUGACCUCCAGACGGAGGACAGUUUCUUUACAGGAGCCCACCAUGACGGCCCAGAGACCACUGAUGGUGUCAGAGGUCAGCUGAGAGUCGAGACAGAUGUCCCAGAUGCGUCCAAAAUGGCAGAAGAUCUUCCAAAGAAGAGUCUGCUGUGUGUGAAGGCGAUAGAACAGUGUUCCAAAAAAGAGGAGGAACUCCAACCCACAGCCAAAAUGGUCAAUCAGGUGUUUUUAAAACUGAAAACUGAGGAACCGUUUGGCACAGGAGCCAAAAUGGAGGUAUGGUUUACUCCCAGAACCCAUACUGCUGACCAGGAGUUUCCUAAAGUGAGAACGGCCCAACAGGCUUCUUCACUGGUCAGAAUGGAGAACAGGUUCCUAACUGGAGCCAACAUGGCCGAUCAGGUGUUUUUAAAAGUGAAGACGGAGGAGCAGCCCCAGCUCGUCUUUGGAACCAAGAUGGAGGAGCAGUGUCUGCGGGCAGUGCUGUGGCAGGACAUGUCCGUGAACCUGGCAUCUGCGUUGCUGCACCAACUUUCGGAGAGAGUUGGUAAAUCCAACGGUCAGCUGACAUACGGGUUGACUCCGCCCAUCAGGAGCAGUUCUAUUUUCAAACAACGUGGAGACUCACAACUUUCUUCUUCUCUUCUGGGCUCUCAGGAACAUAUUGGUUUUAGUCCCAGCAGCCUGAUCCCAGACCAAAACUCUGGUUUCUUCUACAGGUGUCACGUAUGUGGCUUUGAGACGGAGGGGCGUGUCCUUUUUCAGAGUCACAUGACAGAACAUCGCCAAUGGGAGCACAGCUCCUUCUCACUGCACUGCUGCAUCUGUGACCAUUCCACCAAUCAGGAGUUAGAGAUGAGUUCACACGCCAACACGCACACACAGGGAAACUCAGGGCCUGUAGGAGAUGUGAGCGUUGCUCCUCCUCUGGCUCCUUCACCUUGUCCUCUACUCCUCUCUCCUGUUCCCUCUGUUGCCACCGCCUCCUCCUCCUAUUGCAGCUCUCCGUUGGCAGUUGCCGGGGCAACCCCUGAGCACCGCUGCCGCAUCUGUCAGAGGUCGUUUCCGGGGCAACAGGAGCUACUGCUUCACUUCCAGGGUCAUCGUCAGGGCAACCAGUACCGCUGUGACCGCUGCGGUCACCUGACACGCACCGCCAACAAGCUAGUGGAGCAUGUGCGCGUGCACACAGGCGAACGCCCCUUCAUGUGCCACCUGUGCCCCUACAGUGCCAAGAGGAGGGACAGUCUGCGGCUGCACUGCAAGGUCAAGCAUGGGCAUGUGCAAGCUAGUACGCACGGAGCCACUGCCGCUACGGACACGCUCGGAGGCGUGCACACCCACAGGUCAUACGUGCACGGAGACAAUCAGCGUUCACACAAACCAGUGCAGCGGCUGCAUACAGCCACACUGCACACACAAAUCACUGCUGCGUCCACUUCCUUUUCCUCCUCACUUCCUCUGCUUCGUUAUCCCUCUCUACCUGAGGGAGCAGGAUGGAGGGAUUUGUCCCCUCUCCUUCCAAUCACGACCCUCCUUUCUUUGAAGACACGUCCUCUUUCCUCCUCUACUUCCUCUUCCUCAUCUACUUCCUCCAAACAUUCCUUUCUCAGUUACCUUGGCUUGACCACUUCUUAAUAAACACUCCUAUCUUCUUCACUCCAUCCCUCCUUCAGCUCUCUUUGGUUCUUUCCUCCUUCUUUUCCUCACUUUUUCUGUUUCUGUUUUUCCCCUCAAUUCUUUCUUUCCUUUUUUCUUAUAUUUCCUCAUCACAUUUCUCCUUUUCCUUUAUUUUCUGUCCCUUUUUUUAGUCACUUGCUGCCUUGUUACUCUCUCUCCUUACUUAUUUGGCUUUAUCCCUUUCACUUUCCUUCUCCUUUUCUUUUCCUGUUUGCUUAUUUUCAUUUCCUCUCCUCUCUUCUAUGUCUGUAUGAGAACGUCAGUUUUGCUCAAUGCACUGAAGAAGCAAACAUAUAUUUUACCUAUUAGCAUCACACGUGUGCUCCCGCUAACAUAAUUAAUGACACCUAUGAAGCUUGUUAUGAAAACAAACACAUUAAGUUGAUUCAUCUGCAAUGUAAAAUAUAGAACUCCUUAUUUCGUUUUGGUUUUUUUUCAAUAGUGUGACAUCGUUAUGUCAUGUUUCAUCUGCCACACCAAAGUCUACAGAAGAAACCAGUGAUUUUAACUCACUGGGACACUUCACCUGCUGGCCCACUGCUGCCUCCUGUGGUCACAUUGUGACAGUGUAGUAAAUUCAAAUGAUAAUCCAGUCUCAAAGUCCCACAAACAACACAGUUGUGCCUAUAAAUGAUGCAUCAUAGACUAAUACAAUCCCCAUAUGCCCCAAAUGUCAAAUCGCUGAUUUCUCUAUGGGCUUUGGUUUUGAAGUGACUGACAAACAUUUUCAUCUGUUCAGUCUUUAUUUAUCAGCCUGUGUUCAAAGUUAGACUUCCUGUCGGAUGUUUAUGAUAUUAUUGAUAAUAUUUGUGUUGUACAAUAUUUUCUAAUGUAUUUGUGUUGCCAUAUUUACAGCAGGAUCUGAAAAAAGUUUCACUAAGUUUUACUGGGCUAUGAAAUGUUUGUCUGUAUUAUUUAUUAGUUAGUUUAUUUAUUUAUUUAAAAAAACAUUUCACUAAAUCUAAAGUUGAGGGAAAAUAAAAAUAGAGCGAUACUUUUGAAAAAAAAAAAAAAGAAGAGGAAAACAAUCGCCUGGAAACACACUUUCCAUAAUCACAGAUCGCCCUUCCGUGGCUGUGAUGGGAACUGCAUAUGCCUGCACGUAUCUUUAUCACUUUACGUCGGAGAGACGAGCAUGAGACUCACGAUUGUCCAUCGACCUGCGUUGUUUUGACUGACCUGCUGUUUCCUGUUCCUGUUCGCUGCUGCAAGGAAUAAUAAAGUUUCGUUCCACUGAUAAAGUCACUUACAUUUGUUCACAGCCAAUCACAUCCGUCAGAUUCUUUUGUCUCGUUUGUGCCAUUUUUCUUUGUUCCCCAAUUUUUUUGGGCUGUUUUUGUCUUCUUCUUCUCUUUUUUUUUUUUUUGGUUGUGACUUUUUUGCCUAAUUCUUUCCUUUUGUUUUCAUGGGAUGGUCAGUGUUAUAUUUAACUACAGUCUUAUUUUAAACUCUUCUUUCCUUUUUGUCAUUGUUUUCCCUUUGUUUUUCUCUACUUUAGUGUUGUUUUGUUUAGCUGUCUUUGACUUUUUACUAUUUCUUUUUAUUUGCUAUUUAAAUUAAUAAUCCUUUAUAGUCUGCCCUGUGACAUUUUCGUUUUGUUUUUUGUUUUUGUUAGUUUUUAUUCUUUUAUUCACAUGAACCUCAGGUGUGAGUGCACUAAGUGACCGUUGGGUGCGUGACUGUGUGUGUGUGUUUGUGUCGGUGCUGAGAUGUGGACAGAAAUCAGACGAGGUGCAGCAGACGUGAAGGUCAGACGCUGCUGAACAAGUGGGAGGACAAGCGUCAAUCCCUGUCCGUUACCAUGGAUACCUGGCAUGUUGUAGGUCUCCAUGGUGGCCAGCAGGGGAUGAGGGGGGGCUGCUGAUUGGCCUGGAGCCGG